GCAGCGUUCGUGAAGACACGACUAUUCGUCUAAUAAAGAGAAAGGCGUCCGUCCAUACAAUAAAUAAGAACAGGCAGCAUCCAGUCAACGACAGAAUGUGAUAUCUGAUAUGUCGAGGAUGAGUGUGAAAUCACACUAAUAGUUCCCUCUGGAGAUGACGCAGGCUGGAGUUUAUGUUGUCCUGGUAACGCAUCAACGGUAUCCGGGAAUGGCGAGUUUACUGGGAGAAACUCUGUUUGAGAUCAGUGGACAAGGUCCUGCUCCAAUAAAGGACUAUUUCCACUUUGCAAUAACAAAAUCUCAGGUAAUUUGGAGCUGGUGGAAGAUAUCUUUGAGAUCAGACUGCAGGAACACGCCACCAGGACAACUGACAGAAUCACAUGAAGACUUUUUAGAAGACAAUCGUCUGCAAAAUCAAGUGGGCAUGGUAUUUGGUCCUCACAUCUUGCAAUACACCCAAAAUUUAUGCCAGGGACACUAUGAUUACAUUGUCCGUCUCCCCAAUGCUUUACUUUUCAACAUCAUGGCACAUCUGGACCUUGAAGACAUUUCAGUCGUUUCACGCACCUGCCGUAGGUUUAAAGAGCUUUGUAACUCUGAGGAGUUCUGGGAGCAGACAGUGAGGAAGCAUUGUGACACUGUGACACCAACAGUGGAGGCUUUAGCUGAGGAGGUUGGCUGGAGGACAAUUUUCUUCACCAACAAGCUGCAGCUGCAGAUGCAGAUUAGUCGCCGGAAGCAGAAGGAGAAUCAGCCUUGUGAGGAUAAAAACGAGCCAAGUCCCUCUUCAGUACCUUUGGAGUAAACGAUUGAAGACGACACUAUUUUUGCUUGCAUUGAAGAUUCACUCUUGCAAAUAGUGUGCACACACUGACUUUGUUGUACAUCUGACCGACUGUUACAUUUGCUCAAAUCUAAAAUGUUUUUGAGCCAAAGAACCAGUUUUAGGUGAAAUAUAUAUUUACGCUGCAUUUCACAUCUGGUAAAACAAACACAUAUUAGCUCAUUUUCUGGCAUAAUUAUUGCAGUCUUUGGGGUUAUUUUAAUACAUUA